AAAUUGACAUUACAAAUGUCAGGAUUACUAGAGGCUCUUCCCAGGUUAGCCCACAGAUCUCGUUCCACUGGUGGCACAGUUGUCAGGUUGGCGCUCAUUUGUGUCCGUCUGUUAUAUUUGACAUGACAUGCUUCUACGCCUCAGGUGAUGGACUGGAAACCUGCUCUUUGACAAGUUUCCUAAUGUCAGCCUUCAAGACCGGAAGUUGUCAGUGUUGUUCUUCAAAAUAAAAGCUAACACUUUAUGUUGACUGCACUGUCACGUGAAUAGCAAGGAUUUAUAUGUAUUUUGAAAAUCUCACCGGAACCUUAUUUUGUCGUUGUUUGCUAACUUGAUCAUCUUCAGCGUGGAGUUAAAGAUGCGCACUUGAAUCAGGAGACACCAGCAGCGACAUUUUCUCCCCUAAACUGUUAUUUUUUUUCCUGGAAUAGUCGCCUUUUUUUGUGAGUGUCACACCAAGAAUGGGCUGCGCAAUAUCGGGUCUCGCAGCAAAAACCGAUUUGGCAGAAAGGAGCAGAGAGGACGCCGCCGUGGAGCAUCCCAACGAGGAGCAGAUCCAGAUGAUCAAGGACUCCUGGAAAGUUAUUCGAGACGACAUUGCCAAAGUUGGAAUUAUUAUGUUCGUCAGGUUGUUUGAGACCCAUCCCGAAUGCAAGGACGUUUUCUUCCUGUUUCGAGAUGUGGAGGACCUGGAGAGACUGAGGACCAACCGGGAGCUGAGGGCGCACGGCCUGCGGGUGAUGUCUUUCAUUGAGAAAAGCGUGGCCCGGCUGGAUCAGCCAGAGAGACUGGAGGCUCUGGCUGUGGAGCUGGGCAAAAGCCAUUAUCAUUACAACGCGCCGCCUAAGUAUUAUAAUUAUGUGGGAGCAGAGUUCAUCUGUGCUGUGCAGCCCAUCCUGAAGGAGCAGUGGACGACGGAGCUGGAGAAGGCCUGGCAGACACUGUUCCAGUUUGUGACCGCCUUGAUGAAGCAAGGAUACCAGGAGGAAAGCGCCCGACAGCGGCAGCUCGCCACGUCCCCAAAGGACAGACUGGACAAGAGGAACACGGCGCUAUGAGAGGACGGCUCUUUGAAACCCAAGACUGUUUCUAACCCAACAAAACAUGUAUAUGUAAAUAUGUGAUGUCUUGUUUUUUUAAGGCCGUUUUGUUUUUCCAUUUUUGGACAAAAAUAGCUGCUUUUUUGAUUUUAACAGAGCACUUUAUUUCAGAAAUUAAAUUUGGUUACAGCCCUCUUCUACGAAGGGACUCUGGAGGAAUAGUACGAACACCGUCUGUGCUUAGACCUGCUUUGUAACUAUGAUCAUCAAAAAUAGAAGUACAGUUUUAGCCCAUGUACACAUCUCUGUAGUCCUCAUUCAUAACACGUUUAUAGUACUUCUAAAUAUUUCACCAAAA